GCGCAUGCUCACUCCCAAGUUUCCUGGUGCAUUUUCUAUUCCACCUUAUGAAACUUUUUUUUUUCUCCGUGUGGUCUCACCCACGAUUUAAGAAAUAAGCGAGGAGCAGGCGGAGAGAUCGAGGCCAGGGUGGGGGCCCAGCUGGGAUACUAGAGGGCUCGGGGCCCUGGGGGGAGUGUAGGGGAAAGGCGAGGCAAGGCAAGGCAAGGCGGGAAGGUGGGGUGGGGAACCCUGGAAUCCCCGGGCAGGAGAAGCAGCCGUCUCUUGCGGAGUUCUGAGAGAGAGGAAGAGAAGAGGGGGAGAAGGAGGCUGCUACCCGCCCGGAAAAGUUCAGGGACGCGAGCUCGCCAGUCUGACGGGGAAGCUUGAACCAGGUAAAGGUAGAGGUUACUCGAACCGUUCUCCCCUAUUCUUCCAAACCCCACCAUGCCCAAAGUCUUCCUGGUGAAGAGAAGAAACCCAGUGGCUGCGAUCCGCAGUUGGGAUGAGCUCCCAGACGAGGAAAGAGCCGACACCUACAUCCCAGUGAGCCUGGAUUGCAUGCUCCACUACAGCACCGAGGACUACCGCAGCGAGAGCAGCAGCAGUAGCAGCAGCGAGAGCAGCGGCAGCGGCAGCAACGGGGACACCGGGGGCGCCGACCUCUGCUGCCUGGAGAGCAGCAGUGGCGGCUCCCUGCAGGAGCCGGAGCCCAGGGAUCAUCUCGCUCCCCAGUCGGGAGCACCGGAGCCCAGGACCAACGAGGAGCCAGUGCUGCACCUGGCAGGAAAGCGUCCGACCGCCAGGUCUAAAAUCAAGUUCACAACAGGGACCUGUAAUGAAGCCAUGGUGUAUAGCUGCGAGCUGUGUGGCAAAGCCUUCCGACUCCAGCGGAUGCUCAACAGGCAUCUCAAAUGCCACAACCAGGUGAAAAGGCACCUGUGCACCUUCUGUGGCAAAGGCUUCAAUGAUACUUUUGACCUGAAAAGGCAUGUCCGGACUCACACAGGUAUCCGCCCCUACAAAUGUGAGAUCUGUAAUAAGGCCUUCACCCAGCGCUGCUCUUUGGAGUCUCAUCUGAAGAAGAUCCAUGGGGUGCAGCAGCAGUAUGCCUACAAACAACGUCGGGACAAGCUGUACGUCUGUGAGGACUGCGGCUAUACAGGCCCUACACAAGAGGACUUGUACCUGCAUGUGAACAGUGCCCACCCAGGAAGUGCUUUCCUCAAAAAGACAUCGAAAAAACUGGCUGCCAUUUUACAGACGAAGCUAACCUCUGUUCUCCAGAGAAAUGCUAAACUAAACGAGGAGGACAAAUGAGGGGAAAGGAGGAGAAAAAGAGAGGGACUGAUGUUCUGAAGUUUACAUGUUUGAUAAGUUCAUAUGCUGGUUUUGUCCCCCCUCUCUUUAUAGUUUUUUGUUUUAAAUUAAGAAAAGUUCAGAGAUCUCUCUGUCUCUUCUGCUUCCCUCAAGAUAGUGGCCUCAUUCAUUUUUGAUCCUUUGUGAUACCACCACUUGUGAUGUUGGUGUCUAGUCUUGAAACUGAGAGAAAUUGAGGAAAGACUUGCAAAAAGCUAGUUUUUUGUUUUUUUAAACAGGGGCCGCUUUUGUGUUUUGUACAGUCAUUGUUAGGACUCAGUAAAAGGGGUUAAAGGUCUUCUUGAAGACAUUACCAGUUUUAUUCUACAAGAUCCUGAGUUGCUGGUACCUUGAAGGAAAGUAUCCUCACUCUAAUGUUGUUAAGAUGAGAAUGGGAUUAUUUCCUUUCUAACCAAGUUUACAGAAAUUAUUUUAAUAAAUGAAAUGGCCCCAUGAACCUUUUUUUUCUAAGAAGAGGCCAACUAUAUUUUCA